GAUCGAAGGCUCCGUGCUGGUCAUCGAGGCACCGUGCUGGUCAUCGAGGAGUGGUCCUCGUCGUUCAAGGAUGUUCGUGCUGAGUCGGUUCGCGUUGAGAAAGGUUAAUGGCAUCAUCCGUACGGACGCUGUGGGUUGCGGUAUUGACAUUGACGACAUCGACGUGGUCAUCUCGUCAACAUGCCGCGCCACAUCAACACGUAAAUUGGCCGGACCGGGCGAACAAGUUGUGCUGGAAACCGGGUACCUUCAUCACGAUGCUUAUCGAUUAGGAGCAAAAGAAGUUCCAGUUGACCCUGGCCGAGGCUGGCAGGCAGCCGCUGGAGCCGAUCGAAAUCCAUUCGAACGCCGUAGAGGAAUACGCCGUGCUGUACUCGGCGGUGCUGAAUGACCUGUGUGAAGCCCUGGAUCAGCAAAAGCAAACGAUCAAGAAGAUUCAUAGCGGAAUGUCGAACACUAGCAUGACCAAGGUGAACUUGUUCAGAAAGCUGAAGGAUCGCGUUGACUU